GGGACUACCAUUAAUAAUCAAAAUACGGGACCAAACAGCAGCAGACCCACAUCUCCCUUUGGAGUCUAAAAUUCCGAAUUUGAAGUCUAAAAUUCUAUUUUGGCAAACACUGUUUAACGAGGGUUUUAUCCACGUCCGAGGGUUUUUCUACCUGUAAUAUUUUCACCCGGAUUCUCUCGAUUCCGCAAUAAACCAUGGUCAAAUGUGGAAGCACGAUUGGAAGCCGUUGGCAGAAGAUUGUUAAGCGCAUAGAGGGAUCUAUUUAUACUUAUUAAUCCAAAUUCUUAUGUUAAGUUUUUGUUAUUGACAUUCAUUCCGGUUUUUCAAGGGAUCUUAUUGGUGAAUAUGAGUUGUCUGAGGUUUUUUAGUAUAUUGCUGGGAGGAUUUGUGUGGUGUGCAGCUUAUGUUGCAGUGGCCUUUCUUUGUCCAAUUCCAUUGCUCCAUAACGGUUUUCCUUUCGUUCUCUUUCACUGAGGCAAAUUCAUGAAAUAUUAAGAAUGGGCUAUGCACAACUUGUCAUUGGGCCUGCAGGCAGUGGAAAGUCAACAUAUUGCAACAACCUACAUCAGCAUUGUGAAAGUAUUGGUCGAACAGUGAACAUUGUGAACCUUGAUCCGGCUGCAGAAAAUUUUGAUUAUCCAGUUUCUAUAGAUAUUAGGGAUCUGAUUUCUUUGGAAGAUGUCAUGGAGGAGCUGAAUCUAGGUCCAAAUGGAGGCCUUGUCUAUUGUAUGGAACACCUUGAGGAGAAUCUAGAUGAUUGGCUCGCAGAGCAAUUGGAAGGUUAUUUAGAUGACGAUUAUCUUGUUUUUGACUGUCCGGGUCAAAUAGAGCUUUAUUCACAUGUUCCUGUAUUUCGAACUUUUGUUGAUCAACUCAAGCGUUGGAACUACAAUGUUUGUGCUGUAUAUUUGCUUGAUUCACAGUUCGUUUCAGACAUAACGAAGUACCUAAGCGGUUGUAUGGCAUCCCUUUCAGCAAUGAUUCAACUUGAACUGCCUCAUGUUAAUGUCCUGACAAAAAUGGAUCUUGUUAAGAACAAGAAAGAGAUUGAAAAGUUUCUUGACCCAGAUACAAGGUUAUUGUUGUCAGAACUCAAUCAACACAUGGCUCCGCGCUUUGCAAAAUUAAAUAGGUCACUGGCAGAACUGAUUGAUGACUACAGUAUGGUGAACUUCUUACCUCUUGAUAUAACAAAAGAGAACAGCAUACAAUACAUCUUGUCCCAUAUUGACAAUGCCAUUCAGUUUGGAGAAGACGCUGAUGUUAAGGUUAAGGAUUUUGAUCCCGAUUUUAAUGAUGCAGAUAAUGGAGAGGAUGGUUGAGUGAGAGAUAUCUGGUGAUGAUAUAUAUUUCUCUUUAAUUUUCUUUGGGAUUUUUUAACACUUGAACUUUGAAAAUAGCUAUUAUGGCUUGUAAAUACGUAUUUAUGACCCAAUCCAAACACAUUGCAAGGUUGUGCUAAAUUUUCUAAAUCCUUUUUGAUAUUAGUUCAUGAUUUCUUUUAAAAUGAAUUAACACUGAACUGAAAACACCAGUUUCGUCAUGUCAUUUUUGAAAAAAAACAUUAAAUAGAAGCCUUGUAUAUCUGAUA